AUGGAUUUGGCGACGCGUCCACCAUACGAAUCGGUCGACUUCAAAGACUUGGCACAGCAAGAUGAAGACUUCAAUACCGUAUGGCAAAGACAUCAAUGCAAACUCGACUUUCAGGAACCAAGUAGCACAAAAGCUAUCACAAAAGCGCUGCUGAAGGUAGAUUUUGGCCUGCACCUCGAAGUACCGGAUGACCGACUAUGUCCUCCCAUACCAAACCGCUGGAACUACGUAUCCUGGAUCCACAUCCUUCUCGAUUCCACUAAUCCCAACUACUCGAAUCGAUAUAAUCCGGAGCGGCAAGUCGUUGGUCUAGACAUCGGCACCGGCGCGUCCGCAAUCUACACCAUGCUUUGCUUGAAAUCGCGGCCUAAUUGGACUAUGUGCGCUACAGAUGUGGAUAAGAAGAGCUUUGAAUCUGCGGCGCGGAACUUGACCAUCAACAAUCUCAUCACGAGGGCAAAAUUGCUACAGACUAUAGACAGCCAGCCGCUCAUCCCGCUGCAGUAUCUUGGCCUGUACAUGCUCGAUUUCACGAUCUGCAACCCGCCCUUCUUCUCAGAUGAAGCGGAUAUGCAGCAGAGUCUGAGUGGGGAGGGGAAGUCAGUGAAACCCAACGCGGUCUGUACCGGUUCUGCCAACGAGAUGGUGUGUCAGGGUGGAGAUCUCGGCUUCGUGACACGGAUCGUUGAAGAAAGCCUUGUUUUGCGUGACAAGGUCACAUGGUAUACCAGUAUGUUUGGCAAGCUGAAAAGUGCGAAAGCGGUCGUACAAAUCCUCAAAAAGAAAGGCAUUACCAACUGGGCUGUCGGAAGUAUUGAUGUCGGCGGUGGGACGAAGCGGUGGAUUGUUGCGUGGAGUUUUACGGACUACCGACCUUCUAAUAGCGUAGCUCGCAUCGAGAAGAUUGCGAACGAAUAUCUCCCUUUUCCGACCGAAUACCGUUUCGCAUUACCCGCAAGCAUCGAUGCGAAGGCCGCAAAACAAACCAUCGAUCAGCAAGCGCGCCGUCUUCAUAUUCGUUGGACUUGGGAUCCUCAAACGGCUACGGGUGUCGGCGAAGCCGCGGGAAACGUCUGGUCACGUGCAUACAGACGUGAACAUGAGCGGAAGAAAAGAGAGCUGGCUGCAUCUGGGACUGAAGACACAGAUAUGCAUGAUAGAUUAACGGAGAUCAAGGUCGUGUUGGCUUUCAGGAUCACUAUAGUGGCAAGUACCAGGGAAGUGGUCAUCGACUGGCUGAGAGGCAACGAUCAGGUGCUUUGGGAGAGCUUCUGUGGUAUGGUGCAUCGAAGCUUCAAGAAGUCUUGA